GUGUGUUAUCAGAGUCUCCUUGCCGCGGUUAAUGCGCUCAACAAUCGAUCGUAAUGCGCAAGAGAAUAUUCCACAAGUUCAUUUUGCACAGUCGUUCGGUCACAUUUCGUCCUAACCUCUUGAAAAUGUCCAAGUGUACGAUAAAUUUAAAUCGCGGUAUGGCAACGGACACAAAAUUUCUAUCGGAGUCGAGGGCCGAUUUGCGGGAUAUCUUUCGUUCCGCCGUGAAAGCGGUGUCGCCGAGCGAGAUCAUAAGGAAGAGGGUGAAACUCCGCGACAACGUCCUGCACGUCGACGACAAGAGCUUCCCGCUCAAGGGGGACGUUUAUCUCGUCGGAUUCGGCAAGGCGGUUAUGGGAAUGGCCGUGGAGCUCGAGCGAGAGCUCGGCGACGCUUUGAAGAAAGGCAUUGUCAGCGUUCCAAGUGUAUCGAUGGACGCUAUUUGGGCCUCCGAGGAUAAAUCUGGCUUCCCUAGGUUACACAACAGCAGGAUAGACUAUCGCGAGGGUGGCGUCGACAACCAACCUGACGGCAGGUCGUUGGACACCACGCACGACAUUAUAGACCUGGUCGAGAAGCUGACCGAAACGGACACUCUCGUGGUACUGGUAUCGGGUGGAGGAUCCGCAUUGCUGUACAUGCCGAGGCCCGUCUUGGACCAGGAGGACAAGCUGGAGCUCUGUAGGAAGCUGCAAAACGCAGGCGCCGAUAUCACCGAGCUUAACACCGUGAGGAAGAAGCUGUCUCUGGUAAAGGGUGGCGGUCUGGCGCGUAUGGCCUAUCCCGCGUCCGUUGUCACGCUGAUAUUGUCCGAUAUUGUCGGCGAUCCCGUGGACUUAAUUGCCAGCGGUCCCACCGUUUACAGUCCGAGAUCACCGGAGAAUGUUGUCGCUAUAUUAAAGAAGUAUAACUUGUAUCAGUCGCUGGAGGGUGAUUUGAAGGCGGUUGUAACGUCCAAGGAGACGUUUAACGACAAACCGCUGUUGAAUCCGGCCAAACAGUUCAGACACGUGACGAAUAUGAUUCUGGGAAACAAUAGGACGGCUCUUGAAGCUGCGAGCUUCGAAGCUUCGCGCAAGAAAUUGACUCCGAUAAUAUUAAGGAAUGACGUUACGGGAAAUGUACAGGACGUUAGUUCGGCGUACGUUCACGUAACGAGUCUGAUAUGUCUUGUUUUGUUAAAUGAGCUGGGGAGAGAGGAAUUUUAUGACAGAGUACGGACUAUGCCGAUACUUUCGUUAUCUAUCGAUAAAGUCAAUGAAAUCUUUCGUUGUAUCGAGAAUCUCGGUGGUAUAGUCUUAAUCGGGGGAGGAGAACCCACGGUUGUAGUGACGGGUAAAGGAAAAGGCGGUAGAAAUCAGGAGCUAGCUUUACGCUUUUCGCUAGAUUGGUUGGCAAAGAUCAAAAGUUAUCCGCGACUCGCUGAAUACGAUGUGAUGAUGCUCAGUGCAGGUACUGAUGGUCAGGAUGGUCCUACUGACGCAGCAGGUGCAUUCGGUUAUCCCGCUAUUGCGCCUGUGAUGCAUGAUUUUUACGCAAAAAUUAAAUCCAUGAUUACUAAAGAGGAUGCGCAAACUGAGCGGGAGACGACGGACAGAAAAACUCGGACGCAGGAUUCGUGCGACCGACAAACCGGUAGAUUUAUAAUAAAAUCCAACGUUGAACCAAAGAGACGAGAGUCCAGUAGUAGUCCAAAAGAGUCUCCUCGAGAAGAUGUCGACGAACGUAUCGAUAAUUUAAUAUUAAAGACAAUGGAGGCGGAACGCAUGUUACCUGAGAAUGUUUUAAAAGAAAACGACACGUAUAAUUUCUACUCGCGCUUCAAGAAGGGAGCGGAUUUAAUUAAGACGGGAAAAACUGGCACCAAUGUUAUGGAUUUACAUUUUAUUUAUAUCAAAAAACGUUUGUGCAAGUGCGAGAUUGAUUCCUCUGACAAACCAACGUACGAAAAAGUUAUUUUGGACGUACACGAUUUGCAUAUUGACGCAUUGACCAUUGAAAAGUACAAGGCUACAUGUGCUUCCUUAAAAUUUGACAAAGACAGACUUUUACAAAUUUCACCUUCAACUACUGAAGCUAAAGGGGAAAAACCGUUUCUUAAUAUAAAAAUCAUUGAUAAAACUUUCACAGAUUCGUGUUGUAAUAAAAAGCAUAAACUUGAUUAAUUAAUAAAUAUACAAAGAAUAUAUCUAUGAAAAAUCCUACAUUAUUACAUAAUUAUGUUAUAUAAAAUAAAUUAUACGUUUUUAACGAUAUUCC